AUGCAAGAUUUUGCUAUGAGAAAGCAAUCUAAUGAGACCGCAAUUUUGAUAUGGAAUAUAAUAAUAAGUGUAUAUCAUUGAUUUAAUAGUAGGUAUUUCAUACUUAAUUAAAAAAAAUAUUGUGAUGCUAUAAUUCGUUUUGAUAAAGCAAUUUAAUGGGAACCUAAUUUUUCAAUGGCAUAUAAUAAUAAAGGUUAAUUAUUUAUUUUUAUUGAAUAUAUAUGAAAAUAAAUGAUCGAAAGAAGUAUAGUGAUGCAAUUGAAUGCUUUGAUGAUGCAAUCUUAUUAGAUUCGAAUUUUGCUAUUGCCUAUAAUAAUAAAGGUAGAUAUAUUAUUUUAUUGAUAUAGGUAUAUCAUUAGAGAAAUUAAAGAAAUAUGAUGAAUCUUUAGCGAAUUUCAGUUAUGCAUUAAAGAUUGAUUCAAAAUAUUCAUAAGCUUAUAUGAAUAAAGGUAAUAUUUACUAAACUAACAAAGUGAUGUAUUAUGAAACAUCAAAGGUAAAAUUAAAAAUAUCAAAGAUGAAAAAAAAGUAAUAAUAAGCAAUAGAUACUUAUAUGCAAGCAAUCUCUUAUUGUUAAUUGGAUGAGAAUGAAUUUAAAAGGUUAAUUUUGGAACCCAAAAAUAAGAUUUGA